AUGACGAAUGACCGUUUUUAUAGAAUUUGGAGAAGGCAAGAAGUUGGUAUGAUAGAAUGGUAUCGGCCUGUAUCAAAUGAGUCGAAGACUCGAAGCUCAGCUUCUUCAAUAGCAUCCCUAAAUCAGAAUUUAUCUAUACCUAAAUCGCACUUACCAAAUAUUGACCAAGCUAGUAUAGUUGAAAAUUCUAAUGGUCAGACUUCAGCGUUUGAAACGCAUCAAAUUAACAAGGAUCAUGGUUCUUCAAACCUACAUCUAGAUUCUAAUGUUACUUCUGAUAAGCGGGUUAAAAAUAGAAAACUGAGAUCUAAAUCUGUUCAAAUUUCUGACUUACCUAAUAACGGAGCUAGUGCCAGUAGCAGAGCCACGA